AAAGGGAGACAUCGUUGAAACGGUUAGAGUAAUUCCGAAUCCAAGUCCACCUUCUUCCAAAUCUCUGCACACUCUCUCUCUACCUCUGUUUUAUUGUUCUGUUUGUGUAUGAGAAGAUUAAGAGAACCUUCACUCUUCAGUCUUUGUGAAAAGCACAGAGAGGAUUGGGUGAAUUGAAAUUUUUUUGGAGUUUGGUAGGUUGUGAUCUUUGAAAAAUGAAGGAAGAUGUUGAGACGUACUCUCCCAAAGGAGUUCUUGAGGACUAUUUUAGGAGUUCGGAUUCUGAAACAAGCUCUUCCAAAGAGCCAACUGCGGACUCUGAAAAUCACCAAAAUUCAAAACCAACUUCUCGGUGGCAUGGACUUGUGCAAUUAUUGAGAACUAAAUCCAAGAAACCCAUAGCCACAACAAUGCAUCCUCUCAUGAAAUUCUCAAAAAGAAUGAGCAGUAGUAUGCGUGGGAUUAUAACGCCGAAGUUUCAGUCAGUUAUUGAUGAUAUGUACCCUUUCAAGUCACCAUGGAAGAACUUCUCCCUCUAUGAGCUCCAGGCCGCCACCAAGUCUUUCAGCCACGAAAAUCAGAUUGGAAAGGGGGGUUAUGCCGAAGUUUACAAGGGCUGUCUACCAAGUGGACAACUUGUGGCAAUCAAACGGCUAACCCGGGGAACACCGGAAGAGAUUACCGGGGACUUCUUAGCAGAGAUUGGGAUCAUGGCUCAUGUGAAUCAUCCAAAUACUGCCAGGUUAAUUGGGUAUGGGGUUGAAGGAGGGAUGCACUUGGUUCUGGAAUUGUCUCCAAAAGGGAGCUUAGCUUCUGUGCUUUAUGGUUCAAAGGAGAAGCUUGAUUGGGGGAUCAGGUAUAAAAUUGCAUUAGGUGCAGCUAGGGGUUUACAAUAUCUUCACGAGGGCUGUCAAAGGAGAAUUAUCCACAGAGAUAUUAAGGCUGCAAAUAUUUUGCUAACAGAGGAUUUUGAGGCCAAGAUUUGUGACUUUGGUCUUGCAAAAUGGCUACCAGAGAAAUGGACUCACCACACUAUAUCAAAAUUUGAGGGCACAUUUGGUUAUCUUGCUCCCGAGUUCCUACUGCACGGCAUAGUAGAUGAAAAAACUGAUGUUUUUGCCUAUGGUGUGGUGCUGUUGGAACUAGUCACCGGACGCCGAGCACUAGAUUACUCUCAGCAAAGCCUUGUUUUGUGGGCAAAGCCCUUGCUGAAGAAGAAUGUAGUUAAAAGCUUAGUCGAUCCUUCUCUAAGAGAUGAGUACAACACUCGGCAGAUGAAUAUCGUAUUGCUGGUUGCUUCUGCAUGCAUACAACAGUCCUCAAUACGAAGGCCAAGUAUGAAUCAGGUGGUACAACUUUUGAGUGGAGAUCUUAGCAGCUUGAAGUGCAUGAAGAAAAGCCGAAUGUCGUUUUACCGGAAAGCAUUUCAGGAUGAGCACAUCAACACAGAAGACCAUGUCCAACCAAGAAUUAAAGGACCUUAAUCGGCAUUAUGGAGCUGGUUCGCCUGGAACUGUGGAAGCCAUGAGGUUGUUGUCCCAUGAGACAAGUAAUGUGACAUGGGAACUUUUGGAGUAAUGGGAAUGGAAACUAGGAGUUUCUGGUUUUGGUCCAUCAAGUCCAAAGAAGGAAAGAACGACUAUGGUUCUCAAACUGUGUAAGUGUAUUUAAGAGUUAAAGA